AGCUCGAGGGAAAGCGGCUAUUAUAUCUUCGCUGUGGAAACUUUUUCUUACACCUUUAACUGCAAUGAUGUUCGCAAAAAGUUAUGAUAUUGUUCAGCUCGACAGCAUCCAUGACGCUUUUAACGCUAUGACAACAUCGAAUCCAGCAUUCACCUACUUCAUGCUUCAUAUUUUUGCAAGCUUCUUUGGUUAUCAUUUUGGUUGGCUUAGCUGCUCUCUUUGCAUACAACGUAUUGGAUACGCUCUUCCUUUAACGCUGGCAACACCGAUUGCCCUCCUCAUGACGCAAGUCGAUGGGAUAUGCAAUACAGACACGCUACCAUUACCUUGUGCAUCAGUAGACCGAGGCUACAUUCUCGGGGCAGGACUCCUUCUGUGGUUAUCACAGUUCAUUGCAACCACUUAUUACAUAUGGAAGAGUCAUGGACAGAUUAUGGCAAAGGCAUCUGACCUUCUAUGGAUUCCCUCGUACAAUGGUGUCUGCCUUGAACAGUACUUAUUGUUGAACAGACGAAAUCAGUCGAGUGACGAAGAGUACGACGAACACAACCAGCUUUCAAACAAUAUCCACGUGUUCAUAUGCACGACAAUGUACCACGAGGCUGACUUCGAAAUGGAGCAACUCCUCCGGUCUAUUCACGAUGUCGACAUGAACAAAACCAAAUCAGGACGGCAUUUUGAAUCACACGUGUUUUUUGAUGGAUGUAUUAGGGAAGACGUGCUUAACAGCUAUAUUUUGCAGCUGGUGUCAUUGGUGGAAAAGACAUUGGAUGUGCGUAUUACGGAUUGUAUCAAAAUGAAAACCCCAUAUGGCAUGCAGCUAAGGUGGAAACUUCCGGGUGGAAUGGAUUUCACUAUCCACUUAAAGGAUAAUGCUAAGGUGAAGAACAAGAAAAGAUGGAGCCAAGUAAUGUAUAUGUCCUACGAAAAUACGUAUUAGUUUGUGACAAUAUAUACCGCAUUUUAUGUUAUAGUGAAAGAUGACCAGUGCUUCAUCCUUACAACAGACGCUGAUGUUAAGUUUACCCAUCGGUCUGUUGAAGCGUUAAUUGACCAGAUCAUCGAGGAUCCCAAAACGGGUGCAGUGUGUGCUCGUACCCAUCCAAUGGGAGAUGGGCCUGUCGUUUGGUAUCAAAUAUUUGACUAUGCCAUCGGACACUGGUUUCAAAAGGUGGCCAAUCAUAUGCUUGGAUCAGUAUUGUGUAGUCCCGGAUGUUUCAGUUUGUACAGGUGCCGGGCUGUGCGAGAUGUCCUUCCUACCUAUUCUAGCGGCGUGGACCACGCCUUUGAGUUUCUUACGAAAGAUAUGGGUGAAGACCGCUGGAUGUGUACACUCAUGAUUCAAAAAGGAUGGCGUCUGACAUACUGCGCUGCAGCAGAAGACAGUACUUACUGCCCAGAGAGCUUUGACGAGUUUUACAAACAACGACGACGAUGGACACCAUCCACUUUAGCCAAUCUUGUUCUGCUUGUCAGCGAGUGGAAGCGGAUACUGAGAAACAACGAGCAUAUUUCUUUUCUAUUUAUUCUUUACCAAACUUUCCUCGUCUGAUCCACAGUUAUUGGACCAUCUACAGUCAUUCUGGUCAUAGUUGGUGGAAUGAUGUUCUCAGGACUUGCCGUCGAUGAGAUUACUACCGUCAUUCUCCUGAGCCUUUUGGUUCUUGUCUACAUCUUAGCCUGCUUAUUUACGUCCCAAAGCGUUCAACUCAAAGCGUCUAAGAUACUAACCUUUGUUUUUGCCGUGAUCAUGUGCAUUGUCAUCAUUGGUGUGACUGUUCAAAUUACAAAUGAGCUAAAAGAAAGAAGGGCUGAGCCCACAGCAGGACCAACAUUAGAGCCAAACACAACGUCGUCACCAACACCAAAACCUUUAGAACACCAUCUACCAGCUGGAGUGAGUAGCCUGUACUUGGCUGGGUUGUCUAGCAUCUUUUUUGCCUCUGCUCUCUUGCAUCCGAAGGAAUUCACGUGUUUGUUCCAUGGAAUUUGGUAUAUCCUCUGCCUACCUUCAGGUUAUCUUUUGUUAACGAUAUACUCGCUUUGCAAUUUAACGGACAGGUCCUGGGGAACACGAGAAGGAAAAUCCACAUCUUCAGGUGGAGACGACUGGUACAAGCCAUUUUGGAAUUGUUUAAAGAGAGUUUGUAAAUGCUACCAAAGCCAAGAAGAGUCAGAGAAACCCCAACCAAAACAUUAUGGUAACAAGAGAGCAAGUAUCAUAGAAGGAAGAACCAAUAUCACAGUUGAACUUUCAAAUUCCUCCAGCAAGUUAAGAGGGCAAUCAGAUCCAAAUGCGAACACAGGGGCAGCUCUUGAGACACAGGAAUGCGUGUCUAAGAAAGACAAAACAAACGUUUCUCGGCUUUCAGUCCCUGCAAAAAGCAAGAAGACAUCGACAGACAGCUCGCAGUUUGAGAGCCACGAACAUAAAUCAGGUUUUGAAGAUGAAUGUGCUCAAAGCGUAAGAGAGAUCUCUAAAGAUGUUCUAUAUUCUGCCGCCGAGAUCCCAAGAAAAAAACUAGUUAGAACAUCAAAAAGUUCGACGUCAAAAGGUGAUGCAAUGAAUCCUGAUGGAAAUUCUGCGUUCAACCAAAAGCAACCCGGCCAAUAUUCCGAGCCAACUACUAGUUUAACUAAAGAUAUCAAAGAUGAAGUUUUAGCAUCAACUUCUAAUUCGCAGACAGGAAUUGAAGAAAAUAUCAGAAACGAAAAUGAAAUCUCUGUCCAAGAAGCCUGGGGUGAUGAUCGUGAUGGAAGGAGGGCAUCUAUAAAUGAGGAAGAGGAUUUUAAAAGAAAGUCUCAGGGGCACAAUGAGUUCAAUCGUUUCUCUGAGGAUUUUCCAACUUGCUUGACUAAAACACCGCCGUCUCGAGCUAAUCUCACGGGCAUAUCAGUCUCAAGAAAUCCAUCCAAACGUGUCCCCCCUGCUAUCCCAAGGGAAAUACUUCCAAAACCCACCGCAAAUUCACAGAUCAAUCAAACAUGCAUACCUCAGAAUAGCCAAAACGACUCCCCUUUUAUGUUUUCCACACAAAUUGAGUCGACGCAAUCAGUUACUGCAGACAGCUCAGAAUAUCAGUUGGAGAUAAAUUCACAAUCUCAUGCAUUUCAAGCACAACUUCCAGCUCCAACAAAAGACGAAAGUAGUCGCCCUGGGUCAGCGCUUGAGAACGUUUCUGACUCUGAUCCAAAUUCUCCAGUAGAGGAUUGGAUACCUGACGAUUUGAAGGAUUAUGCAACGAACUUUCGCGAAAAUGGAUAUGAGAAAGCAAAGUUUAUUGCUGGAAUGAACGACAAGGACCUUGAAAGCAUUGGUAUACAAAAUAUAGGACAUCGACAGAAACUGUUGAGAAAAAUCAAGAAAAUUCCACGUAUUGACAUCGAAGAAAACAUACCAGAAAACGUAGAGAGUUGGUUGCAAGAACACGGUCUCGAAGAAUACUGGCCCUCGUUCAAGGACAACUGUUAUGCAGAACCGAGCGACUUGGUGGAUUUAAAGAACAUGAGCAAAGACAGGCUUAAGGAAGUAUUGCUCAUCCAAAAACCGGGCCAUUUAAACCGACUGAAAUCUCUUAUUAACAAAUUGCAGUAUCCUAAUCGAGGCCAAAAGAAAAUUAGGCGCACAAGGAACGAGCUGGGUCGUCUUCCAUUAAAGUUGCUUGAUUUGGAUAAUUCAGACGAAGGCGAUGAAUACAACUUCUGGAAUGAUUUACGCCAAGAAUGCCUAAUUCCUGAGAUGAGUGCUUUUGAUCAGACGGCUGAGCUUAAAGAAAAACUCGUGGAACUAAGAAAUACAACUUUGCUCGUUUUUGGCGUCAGUAAUGCCUUGUGGAUGAUAAUAAUACUGACGCUGGUCCGGCACAAAGAUCUCAAAAUCUUAGGUGUGGAUGUCAUCGGACUUGGUUUUUUAACCAUUUAUGGAGGGAUAUUCGCUUUACAAUUUUUAGCUCUUUUGUGCCAUCGCUUUAAAACACUUAUUCAUAUUUUAGCGCGCGCACCUUGGAAGAUUAAUAUUAAUCGUAUUACCCCAGCUGAAUCUUCACGAAGUCAGGAAACAUCAUGAGUAUCAUUGAAACAAACUGAAUUGUGAGGCAGAUGCAAUAUUAUCAACUUCAGUUAGAGGUUAAGGGCUGUUUCGUCUCAGCCAGUUUACCCUGUUGGUCUGCUAAUAAUUCUAAUUGAAUAAAGCAGCUCUUUCCCUGAAAUUUCCCGAAAGGAAGAGAACGCAAAAGGACAUUAUCUCUUUUGGCUUUCAUUAAUCAUUUUCAGUAAGAGUUAAAAUAGAAUCUUUUGAAAUUUACUACAUUACUCACUUCUUCAUUGAAUGACAUCCCACAAAAUAGUUACCGAGGACCUCCCCACACACGCUAGUUUAGCUACUCACAUGGAGCCUCCCUUGGUUUUUUUUUUUCUUUUCUUUUUUUUUUUUUUGCUACUUAUAAGAAUUCUAAAAUGAUCGCAACUAGAAAAGACGCUUCUCUUGACCAUCGUAUUAUGAUGAACCACGAUAUGAAGGGUCAGAAUCAAAUCAGGUUCGACUGUGAACUAGUUUCGUCAGGCGAUAAAUGAUUACCGUUAAAAGGAUUUUAAAAGGUAAUGCUAUCAAUAAAAACGUCGCCUUUGAGA